UGAGAAGGACCCCACGCCUGGCACCAGAGACCCUCCAAUCCUCAUGGCCUCUGGAGUAUUGAGGAGGAGACACUUCAUCCAGGAAGUCACUGAGUAUCUGCAGGACUCAGCAAGCAGAAGAGACCUGCAGCUCCUGUUGGCCAAAGAUGACGCCUGGAAGGUGUUGGUGGCAGAGGCUGGAUUGUCCAGGGAUGAGGAAGCUGCACUGUGUAAGCUGCUCCUAGGGCUCCCAGCCCUGGGGGACAAAGAGCAGCUUCAACAAGAGCUGCAGGACAGGAAGAGGUUUCUGGAAGCUUUUCCUGAGUUGAAAAGGAAGCUGGAGGGAAACAUCAGGAAGCUCCGAGCUCUGGCUGACCACCUUGACCAGGUGCACAGAGCCUGUACCAUCUCCAACCUGGUGACCAACUCCACCAGCACUGCCUCUGGAGUCCUGGGCAUCCUGGGUGUAGCUCUGGCUCCUGUGACAGCAGGCAGCAGUCUGCUGCUCUCAGCCACUGGGCUGGGGCUGGGGGCAGUGGCUACUGUGACUGGUGCCGCCACUGUAGUUGUGGAGGAAUCAAGCAAGUGGGCAGAUGAGGCUGAAGCCAGGCGCCUGAUGUCAGACACCAUGGACGUUAUGAAGACGCUUCUUGUCCUGGGAGAGAUUGCGUUCAAACUUUCUAAAAGCUCCUAUGGUCUCUGCAAAAAUUUGAAAACCUUGGGACAAAGCAUUCAUGCCAUUAGGGCAGCCAGAGCCAACCCUCACUUAGUGGCAGAUGCCAAGCUCCUCAUGAUGACUAGAAGAAUCCCCGCCCAACGAGCUAACCAGAUGCAGAAUGUCUUUGAGGGCACUGCUCUGGCAAUGACUAAAAAAGGCAGAAUCAGAGGUGCCGCUGUUGCGGGUGCCUUCCUUGCACUGGAUGUGUAUUGCCUUGUAAGGGACUCAAUGCAUUUAUAUGAUGGAGCAAAAUCAGAGUCGGCCAAAGAUCUGCGGGCCCUGGCUCAGGAGCUGGAGGAGAAGUUGAGAGAGAUUGACCAGAUCUACAAGACCCUCUAGGUGCCUGUGACAGCCUCCCCCAGCUACAUGGAGGUCAAUGGAGAUGAUCUGGACAGAUUUGAGGCACCAACACAUCUUGUUAGAAGAGGAUUGAGGUAGUUAGUUUUAACUGUAUCGUGACACCAUCUAGAAUCAUGUCAGAAGAGAGUUUCAGUGAGGGAUUGUCUAGCUUGAGCUGUCCUGUGGACAUGUCUGGGAAAGAUUUUUGUGCAUGAUUCUAAAUGAGGUGGGUAAAUUCCUCCACCAUGGGGGGAGAGGGGGCACUAUUCUCUGAGUAUGGGUUCUGAACUGUCUAAGGGAAAGCAGGCUGAGCACCAAUAAGCAUGUGUGAAUUAAUUUCUCAUUACUCUGGACCGUGGAUGCACUGAGCUAUCUGCUUUGAGUUCCUGCCUUGACUUCCCCACAGUGAUGGAAUACAGACAGCCUGGGACUGUAAGCCGAAUGAAAGCUUUCUCUUCUCCCUGGCUUCUGUCAGGUAUUUAUCACAGCACCAGAAGUGAAGGUUGGAAAGCAGAGAGUGUGGGAUUGAGUCCACAGAACCAAGUGUUGAGCAGUGUGUAGUUCUGUGUCUCACUGUAUUGUUAAUAUGGAUGGACUGAGCGUCAAAGGAAGAUGUGACAGCAGCCUGAACCGAGGGACCAGAGAGGACUAGAUAAUGUGGGGAUGGGUCUAAAACCACACAGUGGUUUAUGGGUAUGAACAGAGAGGGCUGUGUUGGUAAUGAGAAGCCAGGGAAACAGAAGGGCUGGAGGAGGAGGCUCCAUGGCCUCCCUCCCCACAGGACGAUGUGCUGUGAGCCACAGUCCUUUCUGUCCAGUAUCAGUGUACCAGCUCCCCCUUUGUCCAUCAGGCAGCUCCCAUAUGAUGAUGGAGAUGCUGAGGAUGAUGCAGAGCAUGGUGGUGGUGACCGCACAGUGGGUAGAGCUCUUGACAAGAGGCCAGCACGUGAAGGGGACAAGGUGACAGGAUGGACCAAUGAAAUUAAAACUAUUCUCUGUGUGUCAGGGGGUCAGUAGUUGACUUGGGGAGAGAGAGGAACCCAUAUUUAAGUAAGAGGUCAAACAAGUUGUGGCAUGGAUAUACCAGCUAGUUUGGAAUCAUGAGACUCAGCCUGUGAUCCUUGGUAACUCUCAACUGAGGAGGGGGAUGUGGGGGAGAGAUAUUUCAAAUCCACUGACUCUGCUUACUUGUUGUCUAUAAAUUUGGUUAAAUAAAUAUUGCUGACUUUUGGGGAAAACUGUAAUAAGAAACAACCAGCAGCACAAGAGAUGGUGACAUGCGACCAAAUGGACGACAGUGUCAGCAUGACCCUGCUGUAAUCUUUGUUUUUAAUCUUUAAAGAGUCAAUUUAUUUGGAGAAAGCCAAAAAUCUCUCAACCCAAAGGAUGGGAUUUUCCAACUCAAGGAAUCUCCUAAGUAAUGUCUACAGAUUGUGAGUCAUUUUCACAGAAGACACCUUUGUACAAGUUUUACAUAUGUUCAGGAGCUUCAGUCAACCCUUGUUUUAUUUUAACAGAGGAGCAAAGUGGGGGAGAGGGAUAGAACCACUUUCUCUUGAAUGCAAUUAUCUGAAGAAAAAUAGACAAAGUGGGCAAACUACCUUUCAUUGUCCAUGACCGCAUUCAACCACGGGUAUCUCUCUAAAAGCCCACUCUCUAGCUACUGGCCAUCAAGUCCACUGGAUAAGUGGCUUGCUAUGCCCACUGCAGCAGCACACUAAACCAACGCUCCUGCACAGUAGGCUUAGGGCUCACACGGGAGACCAGGGAAUCAUUUUCCUGCAGGUACCCUGACUUCCUGCAGCAGGAAAGCCUGCCAUCUUUGGAGUUGGUGCCUACAGCAGUGCACAUCAAAGCACACAGGUCAAGCUACAGUGUUGCCAGGGAAACCAACACCUUCAACCUGCUCUUCCCAUUAUUCUCUACUUUUGAAGGAAGUCAAGAAACCAACUCUCCUAAGCAGAAAACCACACACCAUCUAGGUCUCAUGAUAGACCAGAGCACUGGUGUGUGAUUCCAGUAAAGGAAACUUACAGUGUUGUGGGGUAGCCAUCCGAGAGGACUACUCUGUAGUGGGUAGCCAUCCCAGCAUUGGCCUGGAAAUUCCAACCCC